GAUCUCAACCUGGGCACUGCAGCCGAGGAGAAGCGGCACUAACCACACCCAGUGGAGGGGCGGCACAGACGGAUGGGGAAAACGUGCGUCGUGUCAGAGGGAAAGCCCCCGACGGAGCCCCCCGCCCACCAGGGCAGCCUACAGGCAGCCCUGCCCUCCCCAGGAGCGCUCUCUCUCCACGCCUGCUCUGGAGCAGCCCUGGGGAGGGCGCAGGGGCACUCGCCCAGCUCCGGCCGAGAAGGGGGCGCACCGAAAGAAACAUCAAAUCCACACCUACAGGAGGACGACGGCGUGGAAAGAGGGGGAGGGAAGACGGGGAGGACAACGCAACUCACAUGCCAACCUCGCAGCAGGCUCUUCCUCCAGGAAGCGAAGCCCCGGUGCUGCCGGGGAGCUCUGCCCCAGCGGCACCGAGGGGAUGAGGAUGAGGCGCCGCCUCGACCGAACCGGCGGCGGCUGCAGCAUCGCGGACAGCGCCCGCUCCGACCGGCCGCGCUGAACGGCGUUUCAGCACCGCGGACAGCGGCAGCGCCAUGGGGGGCCGCGCCCGCCCCGCGUCCCGGCACUGAAGCGGAGCCGGCCCCGCCGCGCACAUGUAAGCUGGUGGGCAGCCCUUGGGGCUCUGCCUCUUCCAGAGCCGGCUCUCAGCUCCUCCGAGAAGCGCCCUGGCUCUAAUGCUGAUCCCCCGUUAUGCACUGGGAAGUUUUGUUGUGGUUAAAGGUCUCUCGGUGCGACUCGGUCUCCUAGAAGCCUGAGUAUGGGCUGGCGUGAGUGAGGUUGAGAAACAGCAAUUACAAAACCAUGCAUCGAAGGCACACAACCCUUCGGGAGAAGGGCCGGAGGCAGGCCAUCCGGGGCCCAGCCUACAUGUUCAAUGAGAAAGGCACCAGCCUGACUGCAGAAGAGGAACGUUUUCUCGAUUCUGCAGAAUAUGGCAACAUUCCCGUGGUGCGAAAAAUGCUGGAGGAAUCCAAAACCUUGAACUUUAAUUGUGUCGAUUAUAUGGGACAAAAUGCCUUACAGUUAGCUGUAGGUAAUGAGCAUCUGGAAGUGACGGAGCUCCUUCUCAAAAAGGAGAAUCUCGCUCGAGUUGGAGAUGCGCUUUUGUUAGCCAUCAGCAAGGGAUACGUGCGCAUUGUAGAAGCAAUAUUGAACCAUCCAGCCUUUGCACAGGGACAGCGUCUCACACUCAGCCCCCUCGAGCAGGAACUGAGAGAUGAUGAUUUUUAUGCCUACGAUGAAGAUGGAACUCGGUUCUCCCAUGACAUUACCCCUAUCAUACUUGCUGCCCACUGCCAGGAGUACGAAAUUGUUCACAUCUUACUUCUAAAAGGCGCACGAAUUGAAAGGCCACAUGACUAUUUUUGCAAAUGCAAUGAAUGCAUUGAGAAGCAGAGGAAAGAUUCCUUUAGUCACUCUCGAUCGAGAAUGAAUGCCUACAAAGGAUUAGCCAGUGCUGCUUAUUUGUCUCUUUCCAGUGAAGACCCUGUCCUUACCGCUCUAGAGCUAAGCAAUGAACUGGCCAGACUAGCCAACAUUGAAACUGAAUUUAAGAACGACUAUCGGAAGCUAUCUAUGCAAUGCAAGGACUUUGUCGUGGGUGUGCUGGACUUGUGCAGAGACACCGAAGAAGUAGAAGCAAUUCUCAACGGAGAUGUGAACAUCCAUCUGUGCCCUGAGCACCACCGGCCAAGUCUGAGCAGGAUUAAACUUGCUAUUAAAUAUGAGGUCAAAAAGUUUGUUGCUCACCCCAACUGCCAGCAGCAAUUGCUCACCAUGUGGUAUGAAAACCUCUCAGGCUUACGGCAGCAAUCUAUAGCUGUGAAGUUCUUGGCUGUCUUCGGGGUCUCUAUUGGCCUGCCCUUCCUUGCCAUAGCCUACUGGAUCGCUCCCUGCAGCAAGUUGGGACGGACCCUUCGAAGUCCUUUCAUGAAGUUUGUGGCACAUGCAGUUUCUUUCACAAUCUUCCUUGGACUGCUAGUAGUGAAUGCUUCAGAUCGGUUUGAAGGAGUAAAAAAUCUCCCCAACGAGACCAUCACGGAUCAUCCAAAACAAAUAUUUCGAGUCAAAACAACUCAGUUCUCAUGGACAGAAUUGCUGAUCAUGAAGUGGGUAUUGGGCAUGAUAUGGUCAGAGUGUAAGGAGAUCUGGGAAGAGGGGCCACGCGAAUAUGUGUUACAUCUCUGGAACCUGCUGGACUUUGGGAUGCUGUCCAUCUUCGUGGCAUCGUUCACCGCCAGGUUCAUGGCUUUUCUCAAAGCGACUGAAGCACAACAGUACGUAGAUCAGUACGUUCAAGAUGAUGACCUCAAUAAUGUCACCCUUCCCCCUGAAGUUGCUUACUUUACUUAUGCCAGGAACAAGUGGCUUCCCUCGGAUCCUCAGAUCAUUUCAGAAGGACUGUAUGCAAUAGCUGUGGUACUCAGCUUCUCCCGCAUUGCUUACAUUCUUCCAGCCAACGAAAGCUUCGGCCCCCUGCAGAUCUCUUUGGGGAGGACUGUGAAGGAUAUCUUCAAGUUCAUGGUCAUCUUCAUCAUGGUGUUCCUGGCCUUCAUGAUUGGAAUGUUCAACCUUUACUCUUACUACCUUGGUGCAAAAUACAACCCCGCGUUUACAACGGUAGAAGAAAGUUUUAAAACCUUAUUCUGGUCAAUAUUUGGCUUAUCUGAAGUGAUAUCUGUGGUGCUGAAGUAUGAUCACAAAUUCAUUGAGAAUAUUGGAUAUGUACUCUAUGGAGUAUAUAAUGUGACUAUGGUGGUGGUGCUGCUUAAUAUGCUAAUAGCCAUGAUCAACAACUCCUAUCAGGAAAUUGAGGAGGAUGCGGAUGUGGAAUGGAAGUUUGCACGAGCCAAGCUCUGGCUAUCCUACUUUGACGAAGGAAGGACUUUACCUGCUCCUUUUAAUCUAGUGCCAAGCCCUAAAUCAUUUUAUUAUCUCAUACUGAGAAUAAAAAUGUGCCUCAUAAAACUCUGCAAAUCUAAGGCCAAAAACUGUGAGAAUGAUCUGGAGAUGGGGAUGCUGAAUUCCAAACAACGGAAAGUUCGUUUUCACUCUAGCACUCGAAAUACAGAAAAUUUUUCUGUGAAGAAUGCUUAUAACAAGCCCACAAGAUAUCAGAAAAUAAUGAAACGUCUGAUUAAGCGGUAUGUACUGAAGGCUCAGGUUGACCGAGAAAAUGAUGAGGUCAAUGAAGGAGAACUUAAAGAGAUUAAGCAAGAUAUUUCCAGCCUUCGCUAUGAACUCUUAGAGGAAAAGUCUCAAGCUACUGGUGAGCUGGCAAGACUAAUACAACAACUGAGCGACAAAUUUGGGAAGAACUUAAAUAAGGACAUUUGACGGUGAACACAGAGAAAGGCACCAUGUUUUCUAAACAUUAUUCAGUCUCAACCAGCAUCUUAGGAGGGCAAAAAACAGCCAAAGGAUGGGUACUGCACACUUAGCUUCUGCUAACUAGCAAGUAUUGAUAGGAGCACUUUGCAUUACUCCUGUGCUUGGUGAGUUACCAGUUAAAUAUUUAUGAUGCAAAAGUAAUUUACUGGUAAAGAUAUAUGCCCUUUGACAUCAGAAAUAGAUGUAUCAUAGGGAAGGCACCUUCUAGUUAAAGGCAAAAGAAAGACAGAUCUUCAUCUGUCUGACUCUGUUGACGACAAUGCAACUGUACUCAUUUAUACCAAUGGAGACUGAACUAAUCAGAAUUGGCUGAAGUCUGAAGAAAAAAAUGUGCCAAGCAUAUUCCUUAAAAAAUUCAAGAGAUUCCUAUCCUUGGGUAUGUAUUCUCCUUUUAUGUUUACACGGGCAUCCACGAAGACAACUUUGAACAGCACUGUGGUUAAUAAGUAAAUGAGAAAUCAUCUACUGAGAUGACCAAGGCAAAGUGUGGCACGUAAAGGUCAUCUACCUUCUAGACUGGAUGACAACACUGGAAAAAAUGGACCAAGCUUGUUGGGUAAAGCAUCCUUUCACCACUUUGCUAGAACUGGAUGAAGGGAUUCACAGCUAAAAAACUCUCCACUUUUUCUAGCUAUAUUAGCUAGUCCACUAAUGGAUACAGUCUCUUUGUACACACCUGGCCUCUCUUUUAUCCCUAGAUGAUCCCAGCUUCAACAACAGUGUACUGAAAUAUUCAUAAUGAUGUGGAACUCACUUCCCAGGAUUACCCAGAAACAAUUUAUACUGUGCUAAUGUGUUCAGUUCAAGGAACAACAUUAAUCCAGUGACAGAGAUGCAACUGAGCUCAGCUUCUGGAUUCCGGAGGUGUCAGACAGCAAGCCAUAGGGUAGAGAUAAAUUUUUGAAACUACUGGGCUAAGUUCCUCAUGAUUUAAAUCAAUAUGAAAAGGCUUCAAUUCCACUGAGAACAUUCUGACAAAAAAAAAAAAAAAAAAAACACCCUUGUAGAAAUUAUUAUGUGUUUGGCUCUUUCAGAGGAUGUAGAAGGGAUUAAAACUGUUUUAAAGGCUGCAGUAAUACAAGUACUUGGAUUGCGCUUUCACAGCUGGAAAAUGAUGAGUCUGCUCAAUACAACUGCAAACUUGGACUGCUUGGGUUUUUACAUUUAGCUACGUGAUUUCAACUCUUAAAGCACACCUUAUUACUUGGGAACCACUGAACUGCACUGUUUGUUUACAAGAGACAACUAUAAGACGAAAGCUACAUUUAGGUGUCAGAUGAGAAAAACAAGCAGAACCAGAAGGUGACCUGUGAUCAGUUCUUAAGUGCCAGAUGAGAACACAGAUAGCCUAAUAGAAUAAUAGUUAUAUUUAUUAAAAAAAAAAAAAAUAAAAUAAAAAAAAGUGUACUGUAUGUAGAUCUGUUUAGAGAAAAAUACUGUAUUUUUACCUUUAAUAAUAUUAUCUUGUAUACUGUAAUAUUUUUACCAAAAAAUGGGGAAAAAAUAAAAUUACCUCAUAAUAUUUUGCUGUACAUUGAGUGAAAUAUUUGCCUGAUCUUUUGAUUAACCAAUACAUGGAUUUUUUUUUUUCUUUUCUGUGAUGUGUGAACAAUGAAAUCAUUAUAUGAAGCAAUUUUGUCAUCGGAAUUCUGAAGCCUGAAAGAGUAAAAAAGCAAAACUUAAACUAAAAUAUAUUUUAAAGAACAAAACUAAGAUUCUGUGUC